AUGGCUCCCACCUCGCGCAGGCGCGACAGCCCAGAUGGGUCGGACGAUGAGGAAGACGAGCGUAACAAGCAGACCAAACGAGUCAAGCACGAGAAAAUGUCCGGGACAUCCCGGCGCAAUAGAAGCGUGGACGCCGAGGGCGAUGAUAGGAUGGGCGAUGCAUCGUCAGAGGAGGAAGAGGAGGAGGAUGAUAACAGAUUCGAUGAAGAAAAGGCGAGGGCGGCGUAUAAUGCUGUUAGGCAGGCGAAGAAGGGGCAUGAGGGUAUGGCAUCCGAAGCCGGCGUGAUCAAGAGUCUGGUACUGGUGGACUUUAUGUGUCAUCGGCAUCUCACCGUGGAGUUUGGAACGAGAAUCAACUUCCUUGUCGGACACAACGGAAGUGGAAAGUCCGCCAUUCUUACCGCUAUUUCUAUCGCCCUUGGCGGCAAGGCAGUCAACACGGGCCGAGCUGCUGGUCUGAAAGAUCUCAUUAGGAGUGGCGCCGAUCGGGCCGUCAUCACACUCACCCUCUCAAACGAGGGAGAUAACGCCUAUAAGGUGCGCGGAAAAGAUGACAUAUACUCGCCGAGCGUCGUCAUUGAGCGGGUCAUCAAUCGCACCGGCGCUUCUUCGUGGAAGUUCAAGGCUUCCAAGGACGGCAAGGUAGUCGGCAAGACCAAAGCGGAGCUCGACGCAAUCUGUCAAGCCUUCUCGAUUGACGUCGACCAGCCGCUUACCGUCCUCACGCAGGACAUGGCGAGAAGCUUCUUGCACAAUGCGGACGAUGCUUCGUUGUACAAGUUCUUCAUGAAGGGUACCCAGCUGUCCGAUAUGGAGACGAGGUACGAUGAGGCGACGCGGAACAUCAUUGGCGUGGAGAACACCGUCAAGAAGAUGAAGGCAGACAUACCGGACAAGCAGGCUCGGGUCGUCGAGCUGGAGAAGAAGCUAGAGGCGACCAAGAAGAUUGCGGAACAGAAGGAAAAGCAGCAGUAUCUGAGGGGGGAGCAAGGCUGGGCGCUGGUCAUCGAGAAGGAGAAGCUCCGCGACGCCUGCAGUCAGAACAUGUUGGAUGCGGAAGCCAAACUUCAAGGUAUCCAAGAAAAGUUGGACGGGCUCGAGGCCGAACUUCCAGGUUUAGAACAGCAAAUCCAGGAGCAGGAAGCAGCCAUCACGGAAUAUGACGCGUCCCGCAAGCCUUUCGACCAGGAGCGCAAGGCGGCCAGGGCAGAGCAUGAUGCCUUGCGCCGACAGAUGUCCGAGCUGCAGGAAACUGUCGACGACUACAAGAAGAGCAUCGCCGAUGCCGACAGGGAAAUCGCCCACCACGACCGAGCGCUACUUCGACAGCGGCAGCUCCUGGCCGGCGGAAACCAGGCUGUCCACGACAAGCUUCAGGCAGAUCUGGACAAACACGUCGCCCUAGAGCAAAACCUCAUGCGCGACAUUCCCAAGAAGGAGGAAGGUGUCGAAAGGGCUUUGCAAGCUCGCAAGGAUGCCGAUGCCGAUGUGGAGCGAACGAAGGACGAAGUUUCGCACUUCCUGAAUGUAGUCCAGGUCCAGCAGAACGCUUUGGCGAACCUCAACAGCCAGAGGACCGAUCCACUCGCGGCUUUCGGCAAAAACGUGCAAUCGGUGCUACACGAGAUCGACCGGGGCAGGUGGUACGGCAACAAGCCGGUCGGACCCCUCGGGCGGUACGUCAAGCUGAAAGACCCCGCAUACAAGGAUAUCGUCGAGGCGAAUCUCGGACGCCUCCUGUGCGCGUUCGCCGUACAGGACCCUCGGGACAGGAUGCAACUGCAAAGGAUUCUCAAUGAUUGCGAGAGGCGUGGUUAUAGUCCCCAUAGUGGCGGCAGUCCGUCAGUAUACGUCUCGUCAAAUGACAUGUUCGACUACUCGAGUGGCGACUAUUCCAUGUACGGCGAGACUGUGCUAAGCAAACUCACGUUCACCGACGAAUACGUCAAGCGAGUGCUCAUCAAUCACGCUCAAAUUGAGCGAAAUUUUGUCUCGAUGGAUCAGAGCCUGGCGACGACCGAGAUCGACCGGCUGGUAAGACUCGGUCUGGACAGGGUAGUCGUCUUCUCAGUCAACCCGACUGUGCGGCAGGAGGGUACCAGACGGCCCGGCAGCGAUGAAAUAAACAUGGACGCCACGCCACUUACCCUUCACAAAGGUGCCCCAAUCUUUGUCAAAGACGUCGCCGCAGAUUACAAUGCCGCCAAGUAUGCUCUGGAAGGCAUGCUGCGUCAGCGGGCAGAAAUGGACGCCCACGUCCAGCAGCUUCGCGAUAUCCGAGAUCAGCACCAACAGGCCUGGUCACGCGAGACUGGUCUGCUGCAGAAGGUCCGGAACGCUAUCCCGGGCGUCACGGCCAAGAUCGCCCAACUGCGCGAUCAAUUGCGGGUGGAAGCGACCGAUGAAACUACGGCCCUUGAGAUGAUGAAGCAGGAAGCUGCGCAGAAGAGGACCUUCGCGGAGAUCUCGCUCGACAGUACUCUGACCGAGCUGCAAACCCACUCUGAGAAUACUAGGGCAGCCAAAGCUCGGUUAGACGAUGUCAAUGCUCGGAUCGACGACUUUGGCCCUGAGCGUACCCGAAAACAGGAACGACUACACAUUCUCACUCAAGCGAGAGCUACGAACAAGGGCCAUCUCGGGCACUGGAAGAAGCAGCAGGCUAAAGUCGAGAAAGAACGCGCUGCCGCCGAGGCAGAAUACGAAAGUGCCAAUGAGACGGUGGUGCAAUGGACCGAGCAAAUUUGCAAUGCUUUCCCGGAGCGUAUCAUCACCAAGCGAACUCCCCAGGCCAUCAAGAAGGAAGAGGAAAUGAUUGCCAAAGCGAUUGCCAACGCCGAGAAACGACAAGGCCUGAAUGUGGACGCUGUCCGCGAGCAGUACGUCAGAGCCAUGGAGGAGCUUCAGGGUAUCGACCACCGAGUGUCAGAGUUGGAGGACCUGAUUGUGUUCUCACGCCAACACCUGGCGAAGCGGGGGAAGUGGUUCCUCGACAUGCGCAAGUGCUGCUGCAUCAAGGUGAUGAGCGCAUUUGUCAGCAACACUGGGCAGCGUGGCUUUGAUGGGCGUCUGGCCUUCGAUCACCAACACGGUCAACUCAAAUUGACUAUUCGAACGCAAAAGGGCGCAACGCAAGACGCAGCGGCUCUGGCGCUCAUCAAGACCGCCAAGCACCUCUCGGGUGGUGAGAGGUCCUUCUCUACCAUCAGUUUCCUCCUCGCGCUCUGGGAGACGGCUAGCGGACCCCUACGAUGCCUCGACGAGUGGGAUGUCUUCCUUGACAACGUCAACCGAAAGUUGGCGGCUCAUAUGCUGAUCGAAGGAGCGAGGUCGGCCGAGUUGAAGCAGUACAUUCUGAUCACUCCGCAAGAUAUGGGCGGUAUCACUCUCGAAGGGAAGAACUCGAAGAUCAUCAGGCUGGCCGACCCUGCGCGGGACCAGGGUGUAUUGCCUUUCCAGGCGGCAGCUGCGGCGUGA